AUGGGACGAGUAAUCAUCAAGAACACGACUGUGCUAACUCUGGACUCGCAAGACUCGUUUUUCUAUCCCGGCUUUGUGGAGAUCAAAAAUGACCGGAUCUGGAAAGUCGGUCAGUGGUCAGAUGACAUUGACCUCGACGAGAAGGAUGGAGAUACUUUGAUUAUCGAUGGCCGAGAUAGAUUAGUCAUGCCUGGUAUGGUAGAUUUACACUUCCAUACAAGUAUCGCCAAGGGCUUCAACGAUGAUUUACCGCUCUGGGAGUAUCUGGACGAAGUCUGGUAUCCGGCUGUUCGCGCGGUGACGCCCGAGACAGCCAAGGUAGCGGCGCUGUACUCGUACAUUCAAGCCGUCAAGACGGGCACAACGGCCGUCAAUGACAUGUAUAGACAUUUGCCGUCCUUGGCCGCCGCGGCCGAGCAAGUUGGCCUCCGUGCGGUAUUGUCAAACGAUGUCGCACUGCCCGAGCACCGGCUCGAUACCGUCGAGGACAACGUUGCCGCGUUUCAGCAAGUGCAUGGCGCCGCCGACGGAAGAGUCAAGGUCUGGAUGGGUAUUGAGUGGCUCCCUCUAGCGGACAUGGAUCUUUUGAAGCAGGUGGCGCAGGCGAAACGCGAAUUGAAGACGGGACUGCAUCUGCAUCUAUGCGAGUCGCGAUCGGAGAUUGCCGACUGUGCAAAGAAGCUUGGUGGCAAACGGCCGGUGGAAGCGGCGUACGAGGCGGGCUUACUCGGGCCUGAUACGGUCGCUGCUCAUUGUGUGCACCUCUCCGACGAAGAGAUUGAGCUUCUAGCCCGAACUGGGACACAUGUGAGCAUCAAUUCUGGCAGUAAUGCCAAGCUCGGCAAUGGCAUCGCACGGCUUCAGGAUCUGGCAGCUGCGGGCGUCAAUUGCGGCAUGGGCGUCGAUGCAUGCGAGUGCCACAAUAGCUUCGACAUGUUUGAAGAAAUGAAGAUUACGAGCUAUGUGCAGCGCGGAUUGCACGAAGACCCAGCAUUGGGACGCCCUUCCCAGAUGCUGCGAAUGGCGACUCGCAAUGGCGCAGUUGCUUUGGGCAUUGAUGCCGGCACAAUCGAGCCGGGACGCAAGGCCGACCUGGCGAUUCUGGAUUUGAAGAAAGAUAUGAUGUUCACGCCGCUCUUGAAAGCACCACUUGACGCGCGCAGAAAGCAACUUGAGAGCCAUCUUGUUUUUGGCUGCAAUGGCACCGCAGUCGAGACCGUCAUAGUGGAUGGAAAGAUCAUCGUACAGGACAGGAAGGUCUUGGGAGUUGACGAGGAUCAAAUACGAGAGCAAAUGGACUCCAUAUUUGGGGAGAUUGUGGCUGAUAUGGAAAGAAAGAAAAUGGUACGGUCAAAGCAGUAA